CUCAACCAAGUGCCACCAUUAUCCACAACUUUCUCUUGUAAUGACACAUCCUUCAAGCAGCCCUUCCUAUGAUGGUGGUGUUGGAGAUGAUACUGGGACCAUUGCAGGCGCCAUGCAGGGUCUCAAUUUGACCCCUGCUACUCCUAGUACAAGUACCAGUUUACCUGCUCAUGCCAAAGGUGCUCACCAAGGUUCCUCCUUAAUCACUGCACCCAUGGAUCCAAAUUUGCGAUUCAUUUUUGAGCGCCGGUACCAAGCUGCUCGAGCAAGGGAACUUUCCAAUCCUGUAUGCUCUAGUGUCAUUAAUGAGAGCCCUGCCUCCACAGAACCCCAAAACCCAAUGUCAGAAGUGUCUGAGGUAGUGCAUCACCAGCCAAAUGGCACUGUGGACUCUAUUGAUGAUGUCAUUGGAACUCCCCCACCAACUUCCACUGUCAUGGAAGAUGCCAUUGACCUCACCCUUGGCAGUGAUGAGGGGAGUAGUCCUUUGCAAAAGCAACCCACACAGAAGCAGAAAAAUAUCCUGUCCACGUCGAUCAAAGUCAACACAGCCAAGCGCCGUGUUGACUCAGAUUCCAGUGAUACCUCGGAAGACGGUCCUCGAAAGCGCCGAAAGAGAACCGGAGCGCUGCCUCGUUCUGACUCAGACUCAGCGACGAGCGACACUGACAACGAACGCAGCCACGUCCCGCCACAGCGCUUGUCAAUCGAACCACCGUCGUCGAGUAGAUACUCGACCAGCAGCGUCGAAGUUACCGACACUCCGGCGAGCGGUCCAAGAUCUAUAGCGGACGCGUACAACAAUGGUAUAAAGCCUUCCGUCUCUCUUGAUGACGCACCAAGGCACUCGGCCCAGGAGAGUAGGGUUUCAGUAGUAGUGCGCACUCGCAACAGGCCGAACACUGGGAGUGCCGUGGCGUCGAGCAGCAGGGUCAGGAUGGAAGACAUGGAAGUGUCGGACGCCGAGGCCAAUACCGGUGAUCCUCAGCGAGCACGGCUCUACUCGAGUGCGAUCUCUCGAAAAGUGCGUUUGUGGGCAGAAAAACUGAAAGGAAUCCCCCGCGCGCAUUUGGAUUCCCUGUUCGACGACAGCGUAGUGGGUGUUUCUCCGUUCUCGUCGUAUUAUCUGAGCACUAACCUACGCACCUUCCGGAAACAGGUGGUUAUGUCCAAAGCCGAGAUUCUGGAGUUGUUGAGAGAGAUUGACGAAGACAAGAACUGGGCUACUCGUGCGGAAGUCGAGGAUUCUCGUCUUGAAAGGUUUCUGGUCGCCGUCGUGACUGAACAUCUGGUGAACGGGACGGAAGCCUACAGGCUCGCAAUCCGCAUCCUCGAUAACUUUGCGCAGAGGUUCCGCGGCCAGAGGUACCCGCAGACACGUAGGUGAAGGGAGAACAGGUUGACGGGAUGUAACUCGUGAGAUGCUGUAGAUGGCGUGGACGUGGAACGAGUUUCAAAAUUUUCGCAGGUGCCAGCCAUGGCGCUCAUAUUCUAGAGGGGUAACUUGUCCGUUUUUGGCGUGUGCCGUUGUCUCAUCGUCUUUGUGCGCUGUCUCACUGUCGCUAUCUUUGCUUUGUUGUCGUGCUUUGUCAAUGCUUUGUGAACGUUAGAACGUUGACGUUCUUUGCUCUGAUAUUUUUUU